UGAGCAGCAACGCCCGUCCUUCCCUCUACCUCGCUCCGUCGGUGAACACCACCACGGUGGUCACGACAACCACGACAACCACGACAUACGCGCCUAUCCCUCUCCCGUCUAUCCCCCCGCCAUCUUCGCCAAAGGACCCCAAGUUGUAUCCUUUGUACGGUGCGACGCUUCCGAGCUCACUGCGCGAAUUCCCCUUGGUCUUCCCAGGGGGUUCGCGUGCCACAUUCCGCGAUGGCACGCAUGGCGAGCAGGAGAUGCAGGAGGAGGAAUUGGUGGCCGAGGGAAAGGGUUGGAGAAUGGUCAAACGUGAUGAGGGCGACUCUAGGAAGGAAGUCGGUCUUGCUGAGGCCAUCGAGCGGUACGGCCGCAAGAGGUCUUACAGUAACGAGAACAUGAUGGAGGGCAUCGAAGCCAUUCCUGGGCUUGUUCCGACAACUCCACCGCGGAAGAAGGCCAAAGGCCAUCCCUUACCGCCCAUAGCGACGAUGAACACCGCUGCGCCCCCGUCUCCUUUGCCGUCUCCCCAUGGCUCGCCGCCUCCUGAGAGCAUUUGGCCAUCCGCCCCGCCUAGUGGGCACUCCUCCCCUCAGCCUCAAGCGCACACGCAAGCUCCGUUGCAACCGGACUUGUCGUUGACGACCCUUCUGGCACUUCCUACGUUACUCUCUCACUUUUCAAGUCUACCACCACCUCUCCAAUCCCAUGUACUACUCACGUUUUUGCGACACUCCCCGCUGUCUGUCCUGAGGACAUUACACUCGGUUCUGACACCCACCUUAGCCCGGGAUUUCCUGACGCUCUUACCGCCCGAACUUGUAUCACUAGUCCUCAGCUUCCUCUCCUUCCCCGACCUCGCACGAGCAUCAAGAGUAUCAAAGUCUUGGCGAGCCAUCAUCGACUCUGAUCCUGUCCUAUGGCGCGAGCUCUUGAAGACCACGAAAAUCUGGUUUGGACAUGAUUCCGAGACUGCAUUCGCGGACGCCAUCGUGUCGCGCCGCAGACGACAAGGUUUACCUGCCCCGAAUUCGCUUCCCCUCCCUCACCCAUACAAGAUCCUGUUCAAGUCGCGUCACCUUACGCGGACUCGUUGGGUCACGAACCAGGACCCAAAGCGACUAACGUUCCCAGCCCACGGGCGUUCUGUCGUGACCUGCCUGAUAUUCUCGCAUGGUCGCAUAAUCUCCGCUUCGGACGACCAUUCCAUCCACGUCUACUCUCCUGUAACAGGCACCCUCAUUCGUUCUCUGGAUGGACAUGAUGGUGGCGUGUGGGCUUUGGCAGCGACGAAGAACACUCUCGUCAGUGGUUCUACGGACCGUACGGUCCGGAUCUGGGACCUCGAAACGGGACGAUGCACACACGUAUUUGGCGGUCACACCAGUACAGUUCGUUGUCUAGCCAUCGUGAAACCCGAAUGGAUAGACCACGAGAAUGAACAUGGAAUAAUCACCCGCGAGAAAUGGCCCAAACGACCGCUCAUCGUCACGGGUAGCAGAGAUCACUCGCUGCGCGUUUGGGCGUUGCCCAGGCCUGGAGACGAGGAGUAUAGAUGCUACGGUGCGGAUGAUACGGAGGUAGAUCCCUCAGAGGAGGACGUCGAGGAUAAUCCAUACCACAAGCUGCACCUUGAAGGCCAUGAUCAUGCGGUGCGCGCUCUUGCCGCGCGCGGGCGGACCCUUGUUUCUGGAAGUUACGAUUGUACUGUCCGGAUAUGGGACAUCAUUACGGGAACCUGCAAGUGGGUUUUGGUAGGGCACACACAAAAAGUAUACAGUGUCGUGCUGGACAUCAACCGCAACCUUGCGUGCUCCGGCUCGAUGGACGGCACCGUCCGUGUCUGGAACUUGAGCACCGGCCAGUGUCAGCACAUUCUCGCGGGGCACACCUCCCUUGUCGGUCUGCUUGGACUCUCACCAUCACACCUCGUUUCCGCCGCCGCCGACUCCACCCUCCGCGUCUGGGACCCUGACACCGGCGAGCUUCGCCAUACAUUGGCAGCACAUCAAGGUGCUAUCACGUGCUUUCAGCACGACGAGUUCAAGGUCCUGAGCGGGUCCGAUGGUACGCUGAAGAUGUGGGACAUCCGAGACGGGUCACAAGUGCGCGACCUGCUGACGGGGAUCGUCGGCGUGUGGCAGGUCGUGUUCGAGGGACGAUGGUGCGUUGCUGCGAGCAAUCGCAUGGAUUCCACCGUCCUCGACGUCUGGGACUUCGGUGACGAUGACGACGAUGAGUGGGAGGGCGAGCCUCCGGGGGGCCUGUACGAUGAGGAGUCGGACUACGAUGACGAAGAUGACGAGAUGGAUCGCGUACAGGUCGAGGCUGAUGCCAUGGAUCAGGACCUCGAUGUCCCAUCCGAUACAGACUUUGUCGAGGCAGACCAAGAUCAUUAUCUCGGGCUGACCGAUGAUGAGCCAAGGUCGCAGUGGAGUGGCAUGUCCACUGAUGCGGACGACAGUGCGAGGUCGUCCACUAGCAGAGAGCUCUCCGCGUCUACAUCAACUGGCCACUACCGGGCCCGCACGUCUACUAGGAUGCGUUCGCAGCGAGAACAGCGAGAAGGGGCACUGCUCCCAUUGCCCCCCACCCUCGCAGGGGUCUCGGAGCCGCUGCUGCGCACGUUACCUUCCGUGGAGGAGACGCCUACGAGGCCGAGGACGCGUAAUAUCGGCCAUCGCAGGCGGUGGCAGCCGUAAAUGUUAGUCUCACUUCGUUCCGCUUCUUUCUCGCGUCCGUGUACUACCAUCAGGGACUUCUAUCGUUCUGCAGUGUGUUGUCGUUCUCGCUCAUUUGAUGGUAUGGACUUGUCUUUUGUUCUAUUGACUGCGGAUGACCCCCUUCCAUGACAUAUGCAUAGAACACUGUUCUUGUAGACGACUUGUCAUUAUCCGGUGGAUGGUCGUCUGUACGUAUCUUAUCCAUGGGACGCAUAAUCAACUGUUGUCGACCAUUCUAUGACCGGGAACCGACGCUGUGGUAUCUCCGCUUCGACCCGACCGGUGGUGCGCGAUCUGAACGUCUGGGGAGCUGUGCAAAUUACUCUGCUCGUCUCGAAACUGCCGACGUGGCGAUAUCGAUUGGCACCCGACCCCAGGGCACACGGGCUGGCAUUGACGUGCGGGGCCGAUCCGCGGUGCCGGGCUAACGCCAAGCCUGCAUUGCGAACGAAAUAGCGGUCCGAACCGCUGGAGAACGCUCGAAGAGCCCUAUGACAAUCACCUGG